AUGUCGUUUCUUCACCUCGCGCCCGUGGUCACGUCCACCGUGUCCCUCUGGUUCGCCUUUGACCAGUACUUUUUCCUGGGCAUAUUCUUGCACAAGGACGUCGAGCUCAGGGCCAAGCAUGUCCUCACCCCGUACUGGAACACCAUGAUCAACACCGGCCUGGGCUACGUCGUCGCGCCCCUGUUCUGCACCAUAGCCUCCACCGCCGCCAUCCUCAACAACACCCCCACGGGGCUCCUCCAGGCCAAGGGUUCCUAUGCGUGCGCCGCCUUUGCCGCUGGCCACUUCGCUUUCGUGCCGGCUGUCCUGCCCAAGAUCAGGGGCCUGUCUAACGGCGGCCUGACGCCGGUCCUUCGGCAGUGGAUGCGCGUGCAUGUCUCCCGCUCCCUCACCGUGGACUUUCUCUGCUGGGCUACCGCCGUUGUCGCCGCUGCCAAGACCCUUUCGGCUUGA